CUUCUCAUUCAUCCAUAUUUCUUUUUAUAUUUUGUCUCGUGCAGGAAUUUGCAACAUUAACGAAGGAGCUUAACCAGGCCAGGGAACAGCUGCUGGAGAGAGAAGAAGAGAUCUGUGAACUCAAGGCAGAGAGAAAUAACACAAGGUUACUGCUAGAGCAUCUUGAAUGUCUCGUGUCUCGUCACGAGCGUUCGCUGAGGAUGACCGUCGUCAAGCGCCAAGCAUCGUCGCCCGCCGGCGUGUCCUCAGAGGUCGAGGUCUUGAAAGCUCUUAAAUCUCUCUUUGAACAUCACAAAGCUCUGGAUGAGAAGGUCAGAGAGAAGCUCAGGGUCGCUCUCGACAGGGUCAACUCACUGGAGGGAGAGGUCGAGAGGUCACAUGGAGAGAAUAAUAAUUUAAAGGACCAACUCUCUAGACUGAGCAAUGGAAACCAUAAAGACCUCAACAAUGGAGAUACCAUACACAGUAUUAGCAACACAAAGAGGCUAUCAAAUGGGUCUAUCGACCCUGAUGAUGAUGUGAGUCGUGUCAUUGAGCUUCGGGACACUCUAGAGAAACAGAACCAUGAACUCGGUCAAGCUAAGAUCAGGGUUACGGACGCUAACAUCAGGGUGGCUGAACUGGAGGAGAGUCUAGCAAUGGCUCAGAAAGAGAUGCUCAAAGCUCAGGAAAUGGCUGCUAAAUAUCAACGGGAUGCUAAAGAGGUUCAUUAUAAGGCAAUGGCCCAGAAGGAGGACAUGGAGGAGCGGAUAGCGACUCUUGAGAAGCGAUACCUGAACGCCCAACGAGAGACAACAUCACUACAUGAUCUCAAUGAUAAACUAGAAGCUGAGCUAGCCAGUAGAGAGGCUGAUGUCAAACAGUGUGAAGACAAGCAGCGAGGGAUGCAGGAGAGACUAGAUGCCUCAGAACAAAGAUUAUCCCAAUCCUUGAGUAAAGCGGAAGCCUUGCCUAGUGUAGAAGCUGAGUUAGCAGAUAGAAUGGCUGCCCUCUCUCAGGCGGAGGAGAGGCAAGGUAACACAGAAGAGAAGCUAAAGCAACUCAGGAAUGAAUUGGAGGAAUGCAAACAUGAACUAGAAAGGGCAAGAGAGCGGGAGCGAAUGAAUGAAGAGCAUAACAAGAGAUUAUCAGCUACGGUAGAUAAACUCCUCACAGAAUCUAAUGAGAGAUUGAAGAUCCAUCUCAAGGAAAGAAUGUCUGCUCUAGACGAUAAGAAUGGUAUGACUCAGGAAUUAGACAAGAUCCGACGGUCGAUGGACGAGAUUGAACGAGAGAAAAGUAAAGUUGUUGAGGAGAGAGAUCGAUUGAGGAUAGAGAUAAGAUCCUUGAGAGAGAGUUUGGAUUCAGAUGGCUCAGCUAGAAAUAUUAGUGGUAGUACUACUUCCCAAGCUGUACCUGAUGUUGUGAUGGCUAACGCUUCUAAACCAGGCCGAAAUGAAGACGAUGUUGUACGGCGCCCCCAGAAGGGACGGGUCGAAGCGCUCAAGGGCAACGAUAGAAAGCAGGUUCACACGUUGAAUGAGCAGGAAUGGGAGAAAGCAGAGCAAGCGAAUGUGUUAGCAAACAUAGCUCAAGCCUUUGAGAGUGAGAGUUCGUCUCCUGCUGGUGAGGAUAACGCUGGUAUCUUCUCAGCGGUUGAUAUGUUAUCACCUCAAGGUCAGACUGAUGCUCAGACGUUAGCAGCUAUGCUUCAAGAACAGUUGGAUGCUAUCAAUAAUGAAAUCAAACUAAUACAAGAAGAGAAAUUUAGCACUGAGCAAAGAGCUGAAGAGUUAGAGCAUCGGGUAGGGAGCGUUGAUAAUAUUGAUAUAUAUGGGACUUCCCCUAGUCAUCGAUACUGGAACCCUGAACCUAGGUCACUUACAAGAUCAUUACCAGGGAGUAUGUUAAUGAUGACAACGGCUGAUCAAGCUCCACCUCAGCCUCGUACAGGGGAGAAUAAAUCCCCCCCUCAGAGCGCGGACUCUACGCCGGUCACCGUCAGAAGAAUCCACCAAGCUGAACCCGCAUCACCUCUUACCAGUCACUAUAAACAUAGCGCUAGCCAACCACAUAUAUCGUCACUAGGGGGCGCUGUUUAUGGUGUACGGGAAAGAGGAUACGACAGCGACGUGGAUGAUAUUGCAUCAAGGCCCAAAUAUGUGCACAAUCGUUCUAUGUCCCUCUCAGAAUCGGAGCUUCAAUAUUGGCAGAAGAGUGACGCCGUUUGGGAACCUAGAACACUCAAUUUCAAGCCAAUCACAAAGGAGAAGGAGACGGCUGAAGUGAGACCUAUUCGAUGUGAACCAAGCCCGCCCAUGUCACCGAGAUCUCAACAGCUACAGAAAAUGGCUGCAGCUAUAACCGCUCAAGCUAGUCAAAAUGAACAGAGAAGCAGAAACUCUAUGGAGAGUAAUAGUACACCCAGCCCUCAUAGCAGCGCUAACAGCUCACAAGACUCACUCAAUAAGAACUUAAAGAAGAAAGAAGCAUCUGGUAUCAAGGGCUCUCUAGGGAGGAUCUUUGGAAAGAAGGAGAAACCUGGUAGAAGAGGGAGAGAACAUCCUGAUAAAGCUCAUUUCCAAGAUGAUUCAUCUUCCCAAGAUUCAAUGACUCCUGGAGUAGCUGGUCAGAGAGAGCAAGAUAGGAGAAAGAAAAAGAAGCAUGAGUUGUUAGCUGAAGCAAUAAGAGCAGGGACCCCGUUUGCACUGUGGAACGGUCCCACAGUAGUAGCUUGGUUAGAGCUGUGGGUUGGCAUGCCUGCUUGGUAUGUAGCAGCCUGUAGAGCUAACGUGAAAAGUGGGGCCAUCAUGUCUGCUCUGUCAGAUACAGAGAUACAGAGGGAGAUUGGAAUCAGUAAUCCAUUACACAGACUAAAAUUAAGACUAGCUAUUCAAGAGAUGGUUAGUCUUACUAGUCCAUCGGCCCCGCCCACAUCUAGGACGCAGUCUGAUGAGACUCUCACUGACCCUCCUCCGUCCCGCCCACCCUCUCCACCCCCACCCCCUCCCCAUCCUAUUGAACAGACCCUAGCGUUUGGUGAGAUGAACCAUGAGUGGAUAGGGAACGACUGGUUGACGAGCAUCGGCUUACCUCAAUAUCGAUCAGUCUUCAUGGAAUGCCUGGUGGAUGCUCGUAUGUUAGAUCAUCUUACUAAGAAGGAUCUCAGAGGACAACUCAAAAUGGUUGACAGCUUCCAUAGGAAUAGCUUCCAGUACGGUAUACUGUGUCUCAAAAAAGUCAACUACGAUAGGAAAGAAUUAGAGAGGAGGAGAGAAGAGAGUGCAUUAGAGGUCAAAGAUGCAUUAGUAUGGAGCAAUGAGAGAGUUAUAAAAUGGGUGUGUUCUAUUGGACUCAAAGAAUUUGCCCCGAACCUCAAAGAAAGUGGCGUUCAUGGAGCCAUUGUCGCUCUCGACGAGACGUACGAUAUCAGCGCCCUUGCUUUAGCUCUACAGAUUCCAACGCAGAACACACAGGCGAGAAGCACGCUGGAACAGGAGUUUAAUAACCUACUGACAGUUGGGACGGAGAGAAGAUUGGAAGAGGGUGAACUAGGGAAGUUUAGACGUGGGCCAUCGUGGAGACGUAUGUUCAAGAAUAAAGAAGCUGCAGCCCAUCACAGAAAGGACAAGUUACCCUUAGAUCUGACCGCUGGGGAACGUAUGGAGGCGUAUGGUCCAUCCCCAGGCUCUCCAACACAACGUACUAUGAUGUAUACCAAUCAGAGAGGGGCGGUGGUCCAUGGUGUACCUGUUCUACCAACCUCUCCACCUCUUCAGAGGGGCGGGGCUGGUGGAGAAGGCGCGGUAGUACCACCUAGCAAUACAACCAAUCUUAAAACAUACUCGUGCUGACAGAAUGUAUCACCAUGGAAACAGGGACCAAGCCAUCCCAUCAUCAGCUGACCUUUGACACUGGCCAGGUCAUAGGUCGAAGUUCAGGACCUUUAUGUUAUACUUCAUGUUUACUUCAACUGCAGCUCAUCCUAGCCAUUAUUUAGCCAAUGACAUUAGAUUGGAAUAGGCGCGGUGUGAUGACAUCUUGACAUCCCUUCUAGUCCAAAUAGUCUCUUCUUCUUCUUUUACAUAAUUCCAGUUGGUCUGUAGGACGGAGUAAUUUAUUUCUUUACCUGCAUUCAGUAGAAACAUUGAUUGGGUUCUGCUUCAUCAUAUCAUUUAAAAAAGUUAACAAAGAUUUUCAAACUCUUAACAAAAUGAGAAGGAAACCUUAAUGAGUGCAUGGAUUGAGAGUAAUUUUCUCAUCUUUAAACAAAAUCUAAGAUAGCUUGAUCCUCACCGUUAUCAUAGAUUGAAACGUUAAAUCUCUAUAAACUAUUUACCUUAAAAAGAGCUAUAACUUCCACCUGUAAUAUCAUAUUAUAACUCGCUACUUGGAAGGCAUGUUGCAUACAUUAGUUAAUGCUAGGUCAGGCAAGCAUUACGGUUUUAUCUACCUAACAACAUGCAAUGUAUGCAAUGUACAUUUUGAAUAACAAUUUGUAACGACACUUUUAUCAUAAUAAUGAUAAUGAAACACGUACAGUGAAACCUGUUUAUUGAGACCAUCCAAUGGAGACAAGAAAUGCUGUCUUUGUAGACAGGUGUUCACUAUUAAAAGCAGGUUUGACUAUGGUGACAUUUGUAUAGUGCACUUAAAGCGCUGUUCUGUUAUUAACAAACUGAACAGGCAUUACAUAAUGAAACUGUCAUAUUAUACCACACACGGUAUAUCCAUUACAUAAUGAAACUGUCCUAUUAUCCCAUACGGUAUGCAUUACAUAAUGAAAUUGUCCUAUUAUACACCGUACAGUAUAUGCAUUACAUAAUGGAAUUGUCCCAUUAUUCCCCAUAUGGUAUAUGCAUUACAUAAUGAAACUGUCCUAUUAUUCGCCAUACGGUAUAUGCAUUACAUAUAAAAUUGUCCUAUUAUACCUCAUACGGUAUAUGCAUUACAUAAUGAAACUGUCCUGUUAUAACCCCAUACGGUAUAUGCAUUACAUAAUAAAACUGUCCUAUUAUACCCCAUACGGUAUAUGCAUUACACCGUAGUCUCGCCACACUAUCCACAUGGAUUCCAGACCGACCGAUGUUUGGCACUUCAAGGGGAUGUACAUCUUUGUUCUGUCUAUCAUCGUCGUUACGUAUUAGGUUUUUAAGGGCUUCAGUCAUCGUACCCAGAUCCAAAGAAUUGUUUUUUUUUUCAUUUGUUGUGUUAUAGAGCAACUACAUUCCACUCAAGAAAUACAGUCUGUACCUAGCUGUGUAGUGUAAAUGAAUACUCAAUUUAGUAGCCUUCAGUAUUACCGAUCUGUUCAUGUUUGUAUGUUCUCCCAGCUUAAUCAGACAAAUCUAGUCUUGAAUGUAGCAAGAAAGUAAACAUUAUACCAGUUUAUAGAUAAUUGCAUUUGUAUUGCUUAUUUAUAUAUUUAUACAUGUAGAUGUAACUAUGAAAGAAAGAGUUUAGUUUCCAUAAAAGAAAGAGUUUAGGUUACGUGGAAAAAAAAGGUUUAGGUUACGCAUAUUUUAAGACCAUAUAGGCCUGUAGCUGAAAGUUAUCAUCAGGCAAAUAAAUAAUAAGAAUUUAGAAAUACAAAAAUGUACUUCUUUUCAUGGAUUAUUACAGAUUUUUCUUCUCACUGUCACACAUUUGUGUCUUGUGUGUCAAAUAUAAGUUUAUUUAAAACUACCUCUGCUCACAUGUUUAUUUAUAUUGUUUUAUCUUCAUGUUAUUUUUUGUUUUUGAUGAUAUUGUUUGUCCGAGAUCUUCACUAAAUGCAUUGAUUAAACGCCCACCAAUAGUACAUGUUAGUUAACCAUUUGAACAGCUGUUUGUCCCUUACAUAGCAAGUACAUGUCUAAUGUUUAUUGAUAAUGAUUUUAAAGGCCCACUGCACUACUGGUAGCUACUUGCGCCCUC